CCCCCUUCUCUUUAGAACGCGCACAACUAACUUUGGGCACAACCGCUGGCCAGUAGAUAAUACAGGAUAGUCUACCCGUCGCACAGUGACAGAACUGAGACGCAAGGUUGAAGGAGGCCAUUUGAAAUCGGACCUUCAACAUCAUUCUCACUCUUGUUCGACUGCAGAGGACUGGGUACAAUUGUUAUCAACAAAUUCAAUUUUCAACAUUUGUUCUUGGGGGACUUUUAUGCAAAAUGAACCAAAAUAAUCUGAUGCUCUUUCAAUGUGUGCUCCUGUUGUGCCUGGGCACCUGUCUAAGCCAAAGGGACUGUACAAGCGUGGAUUGCCCAGUGUUGGACAACUGCAUUGAGGAGGUUUUGGAGAAGGGCGCUUGCUGUGCCACCUGUGUUAAAAUAGGAUGCUCAUGUGAAGGUUACCAGUACUAUGACUGCAUCCAUGCAGGAUUCCGGAAUGGUAAAGUUCCAGAGGGAGAAUCUUACUUUGUGGAUUUCGGAAGCACAGAAUGUUCUUGUCCACAGGGAGGCGGGAGGAUCGGGUGCCAUUUCAUCCCGUGUCCCGAGAUCCCUCCCAACUGCAUCGCUGUCGCGGAACCCGCAGAUGGGUGUCCGCAGUGUGAGCGCAUUGGCUGUAUCCAUAUUAACCAGAAAUACGAGGCAGGUCACUCCUUCCAGAUGGACCCUUGUCAGGUGUGUCACUGUCCUAAUGAUGGCGGGAGCCUGAUGUGUUCCCCUAUCCCUGACUGUGACUCUGGUAACGUUAAGAAGCCCAUGAUAGCAACAACCACACAGAACAACGACCCUCAGAGAGACCUCAGCAAACUGCAUGAUAACAAACAGACAAGCCCGCUAGACCCAUUCACCACCGCUAACACCUUACCUCUUUACAAAGAGGAGCCAUCUGUCCUGGAUGAAGAUGAUUAUUAUGACUACACACUGCCUGACCCCACAUCUACCACUCCACAAGACCUGGUCCAGCCAACAGAAUCUACCACAGUGUCCCCAUCCUAUGCUGAGACAAGCUCUUCUCCUUAUGAGAUUUUUAAUGACCUGAGGCAGGAGCUGAGAGAGAGACUAGGAACAUACGAUCAGGAGCGAACAGAGGAGGCGGCCAUUACUGAGGAUCCACAUCACAUAGAUCAGACCACCUCAAGUGAGUCAACAACAUCAACAACUACACAGGAAGUGACCUCAGAGAGCCAAAGGCGUCAACAGGAGGUUGUUGACCGGGACAACAGGCAUCACAGAGACAGUGACAGAAUGAUGAAGAGUGACAGUUCGGAGGACGUCACACCAACUGUCCGUAGUGACAAGGGAGUGAGACACACUGGCCUCCACGAACAAAGAGACAGCCACAGCAGUCACCACCAUGAUGGCAGUCUUUUAUCCCAAAGUCAUGGAAGGCACCUUGAGGAGCACCUUGAGGAGCAGCGUGAGGAGCCCAGAACGCCCCAGAGUAAACCUGACCAGGAGUCUUCAUUCCCCACAGAGAAGUUCAGCCCGACCAGCAGAGCUCCUGUCACGAGGGAGGAGGGAGACCAGCUGGCCAGGAGACGGCCCCACACCCUCUUCAACUACCAGGGCCCAAACGAACAGCCUGGAAACACUGAGGUUUCUUCCAAGGAGUUGGUGGAGACCUGCUGUGAGACAGGGGAGAAGUGGGCCUCAGCCCAUGGCCACUGCAGCAACAUGGAGCUCCCCAGAGAGGACAGACACUCCAUCUGUCGGACGGCUCAGAGACAGUGCUGUCUGGGCUCUCUGAAGGAGAGUCGCUGUUUCUCUGGUAUGAAUGCAGCCAGAGAGGGAGUUGUGUGUGAGGUGGACAACAAUGACCAGUGUGGAGUCGACUCCUUCAAGGAGUGUUGUAGCUGCUGCUCUCUGGGGCUGAGGUUCCGUAGGGAGGGCCACCGCUGUGAGGCCCACCAGUACCUGGGCUACCCCUGCAGCCAUGUCUUCCUCACCUGCUGUGAGGGAGAGGAGGAGGUGGCGAGAGAGGAGGGGGAGGGAGAUGGCUUGCACACCCUCAGAGAGAGGCCUGUGCUUGACCCGACCGCAGUGCCAAAGAGAGUGUCAGACAGUCCGUUCCCUAAAGAGGCCUUCUCCAUCGGGGAGGAGGAGGAGCAGGAGAGGGAGAACACGGUGGAGGGCCCUCCUGAGAUGGAGGAUGUAGAUGAGUGCCAGGUUUACCAGGGAACACUAUGCCACCACAGAUGUAUCAACACCCCUGGCUCCUUCAGGUGUGCCUGCUACCCUGGCUAUGUACUGCAGAAGGACGCGGUCAGCUGUGUGCCAGAGACGGUAGAUGAAGAGAACAAGUUGAGAGAGGAUGACAGGCCAGAGGUUGAGGUUACCUCCACCGCACCCUCCACCACUCCAACCUCUGUUAACCCCUGUGAGGGAAAUGGCCUCUGUAUGCAACAGUGCUCCUCAGUGGCUGGUAGACCUGGCUGCUCAUGUUUCCCUGGAUUCUCUCUGAUGGCUGACGGACAAUCCUGUGAAGAUAUCAAUGAGUGUUUGAUGUCCACUCAUACCUGUCAGAUGAAUGAGAGAUGUGUGAACACGGCUGGUAGUUUUCUGUGUCAGAUCACCUGUUCUCUGGGUUACCAGAUCAACAACGACGUCUGUGAAGAUGUUGAUGAGUGUUUUCAGGGGACUCAUAACUGUGGGCCAGGCUUUGAGUGUGUGAACAGUGAGGGCUCGUUCAGGUGUAAUGCCAAACCUCGCUGCUCCAUGGGCUUCACACAGGACACACAUGGAAACUGCAUUGACAUAGAUGAAUGUGGUGUCGUGGGCCAGCCCUGCAGUCCAGGCUUUAACUGUAUCAACACUGUGGGAUCCUACAGCUGCCAGAGGAAGAUCAUAAUGUGUAGCCGGGGUUACCAUGCCAGCCCAGACGGAGCCAGAUGCAUAGAUGUGGAUGAGUGUCAGAGCGCUCUUCACCGCUGUGGGGAGGGACAGAUCUGCCACAACCUGCCCGGCUCCUACCGCUGUGACUGCCAGACGGGCUACCAGUACGACAUGUUCAGGAAGACUUGUGUGGAUGUGAAUGAGUGUUGGCGCUACCCUGGCCGCCUUUGUGCCCAGACCUGUGAGAACACCCCGGGAUCCUAUCAGUGUUCCUGCACCGCUGGGUUCAGCUUAUCCAGGGAUGGCAAGAACUGUGAAGAUGUGAAUGAGUGUCUAACCAACCCCUGCAGUCAGGAGUGUGCCAACAUCUAUGGCUCCUACCAGUGUUACUGCAGACAGGGCUCCUACCUACGGGAGGAUGGACACACCUGUGAAGACAUUGAUGAGUGUGCCCAGAGCAUUGGCCACCUGUGUUCCUUUAAGUGUGUCAACGUCCCAGGGAGCUACCAGUGUGCCUGUCCCGAGUACGGUUACACCAUGUCUCCCAACGGACGCUCCUGCAGAGACAUAGACGAGUGUACCAUCGGGGCCCAUAACUGUUCCUUGGCUGAGACCUGCUACAACAUCCAGGGAGGCUUUCGUUGUCUGUCCUUCAAUUGUCCACAGAACUACCGCAAAUCCUCUGACAUGCGCUGUGAACGACAGAGCUGCCCCAACUUGCUGGACUGUCAGAACUCUCCUCUCAGGAUCACCUACUACCACUUGAGCUUCCAGACCAACAUCGUCAUCCCUGCCCAGAUCUUCCGCAUCGGCCCUUCCCCCGCCUACUCCGGGGACAACGUCAUCAUCAGCAUCACCCAGGGCAACUUGGAGAACUACUUUAGCACGCGGAAGCUGAACGCCUACACUGGCGCGGUGUACAUGCACAGGCAGGUGCAUGAGCCACGGGACUUCCUGAUUGACGUGGAGAUGAAGCUGUGGAGACAGGGCACCUUCACUACGUUUCUGGCCCGGAUCUAUGUCUUCAUCACGACCAACUCACUCUAACAGACUGGCCCCCAGCCUUACCCUACUUCCACCCCUGUCCCACCCCCCCAAUGGACAGCCCAUCCCCUUCUAUCCCCCUAGCUCUACCCCUCAAUGGACAGCCCAUCCCCUUCUAUCCCCCUAGCUCUAUCCCUCAAUGGACAGCCCUACCCCUCAAUGGACAGUCCAUCCCCUUCUAUCCCCCUAGCUCUACCCCUCAAUGGACAGCCCAUCCCCUAUCCCCCUAGCUCUACCCCUCAAUGGACAGCCCAUCCCCUUCUAUCCUCCUAGCUCUACCCCUCAAUGGACAGCCCAUCGCCUUCUAUCCCCUAGCCCUACCCCUCAAUGGACAGCCCAUCCCCUUCUAUCCCCCUAGCCCUACCCCUCAAUGGACAGCCCAUCCCCUUCUAUCCUCCUAGCUCUACCCCUCAAUGGACAGCCCAUCGCCUUCUAUCCCCUAGCCCUACCCCUCAAUGGACAGCCCAUCCCCUUCUAUCCCCUAGCCCUACCCCUCAAUGGACAGCCCAUCCCCUUCUAUCCUCCUAGCUCUACCCCUCAAUGGACAGCCCAUCGCCUUCUAUCCCCCUAGCCCUACCCCUCAAUGGACAGCCCAUCCCCUUCUAUCCCCCUAGCCCUACCCCUCAAUGGACAGCCCAUCCCCUUCUAUCCUCCUAGCUCUACCCCUCAAUGGACAGCCCAUCCCCUUCUAUCCUCCUAGCUCUACCCCUCAAUGGACAGCCCAUCCCCUUCUAUAUAGAUCUAACACUAGUUUUUCCAGUGUAGAGAAUGGCUCUCUAACCCCAGUUAACCCAAUUCAGCUUAUCAACCAGCUAAUUAUUAGAAUCAGGUGUGCUUGGGGUUGGAAGGAAAACAUACAGGAUGGUAGCUCUCCAGGAACAGGGUUGGAGAUCCCGGGCAUUAGCUUGUGGUUGUCUUUAACCCACUAAGACAGGUUGUGUCAGGGCCUCAAUCCAAAUUCUCUCUUUUCUAUCUCCCUUAAGCUGCUGUUCCUUUCUAUCCUCUUGAAGAAUGUUGUACCACUAUGCUAAUUUAAUAUCACAGUAUAUUAUGACAUGUAUUUGUACUUACUGUAUGUAUUAUUCAGACACAUUAGAUAUGACUGGAUGUAUCAUAUUUUGUUCCGCUAUUUUCAUAAGCUGCAAAUAAUUUUUAGUAAAAAUGAAAACUACACAAACUGUUUGAUGUUCCGUGUCUACAAUAUGACCUAUAACAGUAGCUAUACCCGAUGAACAGAUUCAAAUGAAAUACAAGGCAUGUUUUUUUUUACACAUAAAGUCCAACUUAAGAAAAGUAUUCAAUUGAAUUGACUUAAAUUUAGUGCUACUCCUGUCUAUGUUCGCACAGUAUAAGUGAACCCAGAAGUGGUUCCAAUGUUAGCACCAUGUCAGAACAUGUUAUACUGUUAAUAUACAUGCUUAUUUACAUACCUUUUUCACACCUCCCUAGUGAGAUCACACCGUGAGAGAGGUCUUUAUUUACACUAGCUUACCGACAAUAUCAAAUAUAAAGAACACAUGUUUUAUGAUGACUAAUCAAAAGCAGGGCUAUUAUCAUAGUGUGAAAUGCCUGUAAUAAAAGCCUAUUAUCUUAUGUAUAAUAAUAUAAUGAAUCACCGUAUGAAGCAGAUGAUUUUAAAGUAGCUGUCCAGUGUUUCCAGAUUUCUAUGAAUAAUUCAUUACAAUAUGAGUGAAUGUUUUUUUUUACCCCAACUCUGAUAUUGUAGCACUUGUUGAAAGAGUAACAUCUCCAUCUACAGGAUAUAGUGUGCUCAACACUCAUGAUUUAGUUCUACGCCAUUGCUGCAAGGCUGGAAUUCAAUCCAACUCACAAUGGCAAUGUAAAAGAUGUGUCAUAAAGUCUUGGGUUUUGAGCCAAAA